UGGAGUGUCGUCGCGAAGGAAGUAAAAAACUGUAAAAAUACUGCUGCCAAGUGCAAAGUGAAGUUUGUUGUCUGGCUGGCUGCUCGGUGUUGUCGUUAUUGUUGUUUAUUGAACCAUAGACUGGAUGCCCUAUUUUCAUCGCUAACACCCACCAAACAAUGACGAAUUGAGUGCAAUUUACACUAAUAUUGAAUAAACACCGCCUGAGGCGUACAAGAAAGAAUACGGACGCGAAUCGAGAAGAAACCCAAGUGACAUUGUACAAGAAUACGCAUUCCUUCAUUAAGUAAUUCAGCUCUGUGUACGUUGAUUUUUUGUAGUGUGCGCUGUGCUGUAGGAAAUAUGAUCAUGUAGGGCAAAUGGCGUGAAUAGUAGUACACAAUAUUCACUAGAAGAGACGAUACGAGCGCUUGCUGGUUGUGAAAAAAAAAACCGGCGUCAAUUAUCAACGGCACUACAACACGACCAACAUCACAGGCGUCAACAAAGCAAAACACAAAAGGAAAAGGACGAUUAAUUGCAGGGCUGCAACGACCAGCCGGCGACAUGCAUUUCUCCAUUCCGGACACGCAGGAGUUCAGCCAGGACAACUCCGGAUCUUCUUUUACGGGCUUCAACAUUCACAUCAACGGUAGCUUCCACUGUUGUCUUCGGUACAAACAACUGCACAGCUUACACGAGCAGCUCAAGCGGUCACUGCCCACAUUGGCGCUGCCGAGCUUUCCGCCAAAGAAGCUACUCCCACUGACACCCAGCCAGAUCGAACAGCGACGAAUAAGCCUCGAGCGAUACAUUCAACUCGUCGGUCAAGAUCCGGUCCUAUGUCGAUCAGAGCUACUGCGAGCGUUCUUGCUGAACGCUCAGCAAGAAUCAUCGUUCACCGAAUGUCGCGAGGCCAGCUUGGACGUAUUCCUCAUGAACGGCUAUCGGAUAAUGACGAAAGCCUUCACGACAGACUGCUCCAGCAAAGUGCUGGAAAAGGCCUGCUCCCUGAUCGACCUGCCCAAAGAAUACACGUACUACUUCUCACUCUACCUGGUGAGAAACGAACCAAACGGUGAGGUGGCCAUUGCCAAGAAGUUGAUGGACUUUGAAGCCCCGCAAAUUUCCCAGAAACAGUGGGACGACUGCAAGAUUGUGAUACGGACCAGCUACUGGGACGCGAACUACGAUCUGGAACUGAUGCGCGAUCGGAUCGCGCUGAAUCUCCUCUACAUCCAAGCGCUGAGCGAUGUCGAGCGCGGCUGGAUCCUGACCAGCCGUGACCUGAGCGAGCAGCUCACCGAUCUGCAGGCUCGCGGAAACAAACGGGAAUAUCUGGAGAUUGUCCGCAAGUUGCCGCUGUACGGUUGCCUGCAGUUCCCGCGGGUGUGCGUCGACUAUCCCCAAGCGAACACAAUGGCCACGGUGAUCAUCGGCAACCGGGAGCUGAACCUGCUGACCCACUACGGCAAGAAUAUACAGGAAACCAAAUUCAAAGUGACGAGGAUACGCUGCUGGCGGGUGACAACGAUUCAUAACAACGAGGAACUUUCUUCCAAUUCGUCGUCGGAAAGCCGAGAGCCGGGUGGCAAUCUGGAGCUAUCGUUCGAGUAUCUGAUGGCAAAAAAUCAGCUCAAAUGGAUCACAAUCUACAGCGAACAGUCGAUGCUCAUGUCCGUGUGCCUUCAGUCGAUCGUGGACGAACUGCUGAAUCAGAAGAACGGAUCCGACAUCAAUAAUGUGCAGACUCAUCAAGCUGAAUUUGCCCCUCUUUCAUACAUAAGACGGGAUGGUUCCAACUACUACAUCACGGAUUCCAGCUCAACCGACACCCUCAGUAGUAUAAGUGACAGCAACAGUACAUCGAAUCAUCAAUCGAACGGAAGCGGUAAGCAGCCACCGCCAUCCAAUGGCACCACUUCCUCGUCGUCGUCAUCGUCGUCCUCCUUCAUUCGACGCAAGCUCAAAGAGUUCAACACGACAGUUCGCUUCAAGAGCGGGAAAGAUUCCGUCCACAACGAAGCGUUCGAGUGGAUUGGAGACGAUGAUCUGUAGAAAAUGCAGCCACUUCCAGAAAGCUCUCUCUUUUCGUUCAUAAGAACACGCUACCUUUCCCCCAGUCUGAUGCAUUUAUUCUUUUUGUGCUUGGGCAAACGUUGCGCUAUUUAUGUUUGCAACCCUUGUAUGUUAGCAUCGAUUAGAUGCGUUUUAGUCACUUUUGUAUAUUUGUCUAACCAAUCUAUUAAUUAGGUGUUAGUACCUAUGCGUAUGUAUUAAGUUGUAAAUUCCAUACUUUUGUAAUAUUAUACUCAAUGCGACCCGUAUAGCAAUGGUCGUGAUAAAACCUUCAUCAUUUUUGACACAAUGUAAAGCUUAUAAUAAGUCUUCCACCAGUAAAUGACGACGAAUAAAAUGGCGUUCUAUUCUAUCACAAAUUAA